UACCGAGCUCCCGCUUUUUCACUCGCCAUGAUUCCACGAGUUUCCCCCGCCAUGCGUGGCCGGAAUGAUGAUGAAGGCUGUGAGACAUGCGUUGGCGCCGGACAGCUGGAGGGGUUUUUCAACAAUUCCUCGCUGGAGUCUGAGAGACGGGGCUGGGGCCACUUGGUGUCUACCUAUUUCCAAGGCACUUUGUUCUUUCACCUUCAAAGAAGUCCAGCGUUGCGGGGAGUUGAAUGGGCGCGAGAUGAUGUGGUGUUCUUCGAGGUGAUGGAAAUCAAUGGGAGGUAUGAGGCUGUCAAGAUGUUACUGCCCAGCAUGAUGGAGACCCAGCUGGGGUCGGAGUGCAAGGCUGAAGCUGACAUUGAGCAGUUCGAAGGUCAACGAAUUCAAGGGAAUUUGCGCAGCCAGUGGCAGCUGGUGAAGGAAAAGAAGUGGGGAUUCGUUUCUUGCAAUGAUCUCUUUGCGGGAAAUGUGUUUUGGCAUUUGGACGAAAAUCCCAAGAUGAAGGAUGUGAAAUUCCAACGCGGCGAUGUAGUGGAGUUUGAAGUCUACAGGGAUGACAGUCGAGGAGAGAAGUCCCAGUCUCGAGCCCGAAAUAUGGAGUUUAUCCACGCUGCGGAGACUCAGAAGGGGGAGCAGAAACUGCGGGAGUUCUCAAAAUACUUGAGCCCCAGCAAGCUGCUGAAGAAGCAAAAAUGGAUUGACAACUGGCGUGCCGGGCCUCCACCCGAUUGGACUUGCAAAGGUUGUGGAUAUCACAACUUUGGCCGCAACAAGAUUUGCAAGACGUGCGACACCAAAAGACCUCCUCGGGAAGAAUGGCCAGAAGAAAAGGAUGAAGAGCUUCAAAAGGCCGUGGCACCCAACAUCCCCUUGCUGCCUGCAGCGUUUCAGGCGAACUUACCUGUACAGUUUCAAUCCUUCGCUCAGAAACCAUUGGAAGUGAGACGGAACUUUGUGGAGGAGACGGAUAUGCUGCUAGAUGCCACAGCGCUGGGUAUCGGUGGUUUGGAGACGGAUAUGAUGCUAGAUGCCACUGCACUUGGUAUCGGUGGUUUGGAGACGGAUAUGAUGCUAGAUGCCACUGCACUUGGUAUCGGUGGUUUGGAGACGGAUAUGAUGCUAGAUGCCACUGCACUUGGUAUCGGUGGUUUGGAGACGGAUAUGAUGCUAGAUGCCACUGCACUUGGUACCACUGGCUUGCAGACGGAUACAUUCCUGGAUGCCACUGCACUUGGUACCACUGGCUUGCAGACGGAUACAUUCCUGGAUGCCACUGCACUUGGUACCACUGGCUUGCAGACGGAUACAUUCCUGGAUGCCACUGCACUUGGUACCACUGGCUGGCAGACAGGCGCAACACCAGAUGCCACUGAUUGGCACAGGGAUACAGCAUCUGGCUGGAACACAGAUGCAGCUGGCUGGAAGACGGAUGGCUCUGGGUGGAACAGGAACACUACGCAGAAUGCAAGUGGCUGGCAGGCAGAUGAGUGGCACAGGGAUACAACGCAUGCAAGUGGCUGGGAGAGAAAUUCAACCCCGGAUGCCAGUGGUUGGCGCAGUGAUGCAAACCAGCAUGCCUCUGCCUGGCAGACAGGUGCGAAUGCAACUGGCUGGCAGGAUGCCAAGGGCUGGCAGACGAACACCAUGGUAGACUACCUUUGCUAG